AUGUCAGCAAAAUCUAUUAAUUUGGAGGAGUUUAGAUCCUUAUUGGAUGAAAAAUUAGUUCCGUUGAAGUCUGAAAUUUCUGAACUAAAUUCGAAAUUCGAAGAGAUGAGAUCAUUUAUUGAUAUGACGAAUGAGAAAUAUGAAGAAGUAAUGAGCAUGUUAGGCGAACGAGAUGUUGAGAGAAAACAAAUAAUAUCCGAGAAUAAAAUUUUGAAAUCAACUGUCCAAAUGAUGGAAAGUCAUGUGAAACAGUUCAGGGAAUCGAUCAAUAAAAUGGAACAAUAUUCGAGAAGGGAGAGCCUUGAGAUUAAAGGCAUACCGGUUACGAAAGAUGAAAAUACUGAUGAGUUGGUAACAAAGGUUGGCGAGUAUAAUAUAGUUAAUAAGCUCAUUGUUGUUUUGUUGCCUUGGCGCGCAGGUGGACCGCGUGCGGGGUCUGAGACUAAGACUUUUUGGCGCCAAUAG